AUGACAAGUUAUGGAAACUUUCGUAAUGGUGUAAUCUGGGCCAGUGACAAGUGUCUUGGAAGUUGUCCAGUAACUUACAACGGUCAGUACAAAACUACAACAGGUUUUGAACAGCACAGUUGCAGCAGCGAUAUACAGAAUAAUAGCCACAUUGGGUUUUGGUGUGAUUGGCUUCAUGGUGAUGGUGCUGUGAUGAUGAUUGGUGGAGGAGGGAACGAUUGUAAAAGAGCAGACCAUGGUAUUGGGAUAACUGGACAAAAUGAAGCAAAGUUUGGUGGUCGGGCAAAUUAUUUUGAUUUUGGCAAAAAUGCUGUCGCCACUCCUCAAAAGACCUACUCACUCAAUUUAUGG